CAGACAGCCCUGUGAAUCUCGGUGUAUUCAGCAAGUCCUGAAGUUUUGAUUCCCGGGGCAAAAGAGACUGUGAGCAUGGAACACAGGCUCAGCUCUCCAGGGUGAAUCCUUCCAUUCCUUUCGUUUCUGUAUGCAUGCAUGCAUAGGCAUACACAUAUUCUCUCUCUGGCUCUCUCUCUCUCUCUCACACACACACACACUCAUAGAUGUGCCACCUUCUGUCAAGGCAUCACUUCUUCUCCUCCUGACCAAGAGCUCCAGAGUGUAGAGCUGGCUGUCUCCACCUGAAAGGUUAGUGACUUCCCUUCCCAAAGGGAAAAGAAAACUUUCCAUAAGGCAAGUUGUCCUGGGAUGUCUGGAAGAUCACAAAGCAAAGGCUGGCUUGGCCACCUGGGUUGAUUGGGACCUUCCCCAUCAUCUCCAGAAGAACCAAUGUCAGCGAAGACAAACAUCUCCAGCAGGUGGUAACCCACUUUUGGGGGACAUCGGCGGCACAGACAUGGGAGAAAUCUUGGACGACUUGAUUUCUAAUUCAUCAAGCUUUCUGGCUUUCUGGACUUCUUCUCUGAUUCUGGAAUAAGAUCUCUUUGGAAGUCUGUGCCUGCAAGAUUUAGCCAGAGGGGAAGACACAGAAAAGAAGUAGAAGCUUCUCUGUUCUGCUCCAAAGAAGAAGACAACAUCACAGUUUCUCCAAGAAAGAGGACCGGUCAAGAAAUUUGCUUGAUACCAGCGAAGCAACUGGCUCUAAUGUUCCUGAUUUCCAUCUCCAGCAGAGCAACCCCCUAACAGGGGGACCUUUUGCACCCUGGAAGAAGCCGCGGGAAACUGGAGAAGCAAAGGUGCAAAAUGCUCGCCUGUGGAAGCUGGGCCAGAACAGCUGAGCACGGUGGGCCCUUCCCAUUCCUUGCAAAAUGCUGAUGCCUGUCAGGGGUGGCCUGGCCAGGGUCGCCCCUUGCCUUGCCUCUUUGUGGAGAUGGAUUCCUUCUGCUUCACCUGCUUUCAGAAAGAGGAGCUGCAGCCUUUACAAUCCAACAGCAUGACCAUGAGUGCCGCCUCCAUCGAGCAAGAGCCGUCGCGCAAGCUGGCCUGUUGCGGGGUCCCCUUGAUCACGGAGGACAUGCAGUCGCUGGCCAUCCGCACCCUUUCUGGCACGGACAUCAACAAGCACUACGACCUCAUCCGUGAGCUGGGGAAAGGGACCUACGGGAAGGUAGACCUGGUCUCCCAUAAGAGCACAGGCACCAAGAUGGCUCUGAAAUUCGUCAACAAGAACAAGACCAAACUGAAGAAUUUCUUGAGGGAGUUCAGCAUCACCAAUACUUUAUCUUCAAGCCCUUUCAUCAUCAAAGUGUUUGAUGUAGUCUUUGAGACGGAGGAUUGCUAUGUUUUUGCCCAGGAAUACGCCCCUGGAGGAGACCUUUUUGAUAUCAUUCCUCCACAGGUGGGGCUGCCAGAGGACAUGGUGAAGCGCUGUGUGCAACAGCUGGGUCUAGCACUGGACUACAUGCACAGCAAAAACUUGGUUCACCGGGACAUCAAGCCGGAAAAUGUCCUCCUGUUUGACCGCGACUGCCGGCGCGUCAAGCUGGCCGACUUUGGCAUGACGCGCAAGGUGGGCUGUCGGGUGAAGCGCAUCAGCGGCACCAUCCCGUACACAGCGCCUGAGGUGUGCCAGGCAGGCCGGGCGGAGGGCUUCACCGUGGACGCGAGUAUCGAUGUGUGGGCUUUCGGGGUACUCAUCUUUUGCGUGCUGACCGGCAACUUCCCCUGGGAAGCAGCCACGGCCUCAGACUCUUUCUUUGAGGAGUUUGUGAGGUGGCAAAAGGGGCGCCUGGUGGGGGUGCCCUCUCAGUGGCGCCGCUUCACAGACAACGCCCUGCGGAUGUUCCAGCGCUUGCUGGCCCUCGACCCAGAGAAACGCUGCCCGGUGAAGGAGCUCUUUCUCUUCAUUAAGUACGAUCUGAUGUCCGAGAUGCGCCGGCGGCCAUCUUAUCGUUCCCGCAAGCACACCGGGGACAAGCUCUCAGCUGGCCCACACCGCCAUGAGACGCCCAGUGGCUGCACCCCAACCCCACUUAAGAGGACCAUCCUAACGGAGGGUAGCAUCUCUCGGCUGGCGGCUUCGGAGUCUGGUCUGCCUUCCCCUGGUGGAGGAAGCAGGACUGACGGCCGGGCAGACAAGGCCAAAGGCCAGAUGGUUUUGGCGACCGCCAUUGAGAUCUGUGUCUGAGGAGAAUGCGGCAAGGUGCCAAGCCAGCAUUCGGAUAUCAGCACCGUAUCUUCUUCUGCCCUGGGACAGGUGGUGUGUGGAAGGAAUCUUUUUUUAAAAAAAAACACACACCCACAAAAGAUCCCCCGACUGACUGGAAUUUGUGUCUCUCCAAACCACAAGCAAACAAUACAGGAGAAAACCAAGGGGGGAGGGGAGAAAAAGAUGACUUAUCCAAUUUUUUGAACAAUGCAAACGGUUUGUGGCAGGGCAGCUAAGGCCACGGUAGAAAUAGGCAUGGUGUGUA